AUGCCUUUUCCUCCGCGAGAUGCAGCUGCGAAUUCCACGCUAGGGUUUGAGAAGUUGGUAGCAGUCUCAGUCGGCCCAAGUUGGCGCACGCGAGGCCUUCAUGCUGCCGCAAAAUUGACCGGAUUAGACAUCACCAUACCGCCUCAGCCGCAAGUAUCUGACGAGUUUGUCCGAGCAUUUCAGAAUCUUGGUGCAGCCGAAGGCCAACGCACUCCACAACCUGGAUCAGCCAGGGCGUGGCUCGCUCAUCUCGAUCUACUCAAAUAUGUUGUCACCUCGCAGGUGGAGACCGCCCUGAUCGUUGAGGACGAUGUCGACUGGGAUGUCAGACUGCGAGACCAGAUGCGCUUGAUAUCAGACAACGUGCGGAACUACACACAUACUCACGAAGAGGAUACGACACCAUUCGGCCUUGACUGGGAUGUUCUCUGGUUGGGGCACUGUGGUUCUGUCACUGAAGACUCCAUGCCUCACCCCCUUGUCUACGCCGAUGACACUCGGUGCGAGGCAGAAUUGUACUCUGGUUGGUCAAAGUACUUCCUGCAGGGCAAGGUGCCAGCUGGCCAUCGCCAGGUGCAAGCCUCUUUCGUCACUGUCUGCACUUUUGCCUAUGGGGUCACAAAGGCAAGCGCGCAGAAACUCUUGGCACUCUUAUCAAAGGGGGGCGAUGAGGCCUUUGACGUCAGCCUAUCGGCGUAUUGUCGCGAUGGGUCACUGCAUUGCUUAGUCAUUAACCCUCAAGUGUUUAACCACUACGAGCCACCCGCUCGGCACGGCUACACGAGUGAGGUGCAUGCAGGCGACGGACUGGGUCGCUCUGCUGAGGAAGCCGAUUUUGAAAAGGUCAAGGGAGCGACUGGAAAUAUUGUAGAGAGUGCUCGUUGCAGUGCUCUUUUCAACGAGACUUGCAUGCGGCCCCCUUCAGAUAUGUGA